AUGCCCGGUGACUUGCAUACCGAAACAGCAGCUUGCUGUUUGCUAAAGACGGGGGUCGUUGCUCGAUGUCAGGAGGAAAGUAACGAGAAUGUCAAAAUUACCACGGAAUCUGAAUGUUCGAAGAAGAAAGUCGCCGUCGAAUCAGCUGUUACUGCUAGACUCGACAACGAUCGACCGCGUCAGAGUUUUUCGAAGAGUUCUGUUUCCCUGCAAAGUCUCGUUCGUCGAAGGAGUCGUAAACACGGCGCGUCUUCUUUGCCCUUGGACGUAGAGCUCUCCUCGUACUCGUCCCAUCCUAGCUGCCUUCUCGACAACACACCGAAAGAGAACGGUGUCAACGGUUACAGAAACGACGAGGAAACAACAUGCAUGACCACGCGUACAUCCACGCUUAUUUAUGCUUCUUCCGCGCAACUAUCAUCCAAGGGAGACAACAACGCGCAGGACCUUUCGUUGUCGACGAACAACGUCAUGACUGUCACAACAACCACUAGCACUAGUAAUGUUACUUCUUCGGCAAAUGGAAGCCGCCUUGGUAAUACCGCCACAUCUUUAAUAAGAACAACCAGCGUCAUCACGGCAGGACCGUCCACGUCUUCCUGGAGUAAUUCCGCGGAGGAGGAGUUGGAUUACGUUGUUGAUCCGGUUCAAGGAAACGCUUACUACAGAGGGCAACUUCUCGGCAAGAUCGCACGUGAGAUUAUGAUCCACAAAGAGCUGAAUCACGUGAAUGUUGUCCAGCUGCAUCACUACUUUGAGGAUAAUCUUAACGUCUACAUGCUCCUGGAAGCCUGUCCUCGAAAGAGCUUAAUGCACGUGUUGAAGUAUCGUGGCAAAGUCACGGAGCCGGAAGCACGGUAUUACAUGAAACAAAUGGUAACCGGCGUCGCGUAUAUCCACUCUCAGAAGGUUGUUCAUCGAGAUUUGAAGCCCGGUAAUAUGUUCCUAUCGGAUCGUAUGAUCGUCAAGAUUGGAGACUUCGGAUUGGCGACAAGGCUCGACGGACAGUGCAGACGAGUGACGAUAUGCGGAACACCGAAUUACAUCGCGCCGGAAGUGUUGUAUAAGCAAGCGUACAGUUAUGAGGCUGAUGUUUGGGCUCUCGGAUGCAUACUUUACGCCCUGUUGGUAGGGCAACCACCUUUCGACACGGCAACACUCAAGGAAACAUACGCUAGAAUAUGUAAUAAUCAUUAUCGAGAAGUGGACGACACGAUAGCGAGUCGAAGCGGACAAGAUCUCAUCAAGUGGCUUCUACAGCCGAAUCCUGAGCUCAGACCCUCUUUGGAAAGGGUGAAGGAACACGCUUAUCUCACCAAGGAAUAUGUACCAUCUACCUUGCCGCGUAUCUCUUGCUUCCAAAUGCCACGUGCCUCUAUAAUCGAAACUAUGCCGUCGCCUUGUUCGAAUUCUACAACUUCUAGAAACCAGAAACUUAACCAGACUCAUGAUCACACAAUUCAGCAAUGUCAACAGCAACAGUCACAACAACAAGAGCAAGAGCAACAACAACAGCAACAGCAACAGCAGCAGCAGCAACAACAGCAUCAAACGAAUCGAUCUCAGAAAAGUAUACGAAAAGGAUUGAAAGUGAUCAGCUGGUUAGCUAGAAAGCUUCGAAAAGUUCCAAAAUUCAGAAAAAGAUUGAGCAGCGUUCUUUGCCCGGAUCAUAAGAAACUGGGAUAUAUGGCGCAAAGUAUGCAAAUGCAUCAGGCACUAGAAAACUGUAUUACAGAAAUAAAAUGUAAAAUUAAGUUGCGUAAUCAUCCACCUGUAAGGAAUGUUGUACCUCUGUUCAUUACGAAAUGGAUCGAUUACUCGAACAAAUAUGGCCUAGGUUUUCAACUUUCUGAUAAGUCUGUUGGAAUUCUCUUCAACGACCACACGAAAAUUAGUUACACCCAUGAUAGAAGAAGGGUGGAGUAUGUGGCAACUGAUGAAGAAGUAACAAGAUAUCAGAGAGAAGAAGAUGUUCCUCCUGCUUUGCAGAAGAAACUUGUAUUGCUGCAACGUUUCACGCAGUAUAUGGAUAAAUUUAUGACUGAAGGUGGUGAAAUUAAGAAACAACGAACCACAUCAAAGCAGUCAAAGAACAUUUGUGUACCACGAAUGAGAAAAUGGUUAAGGACUGAUAAAACCAUUGUGAUGGAGCUAACGGUACCUCUUUUACAAGUAAACUUCUUUGAAGAUCACACUAAAUUAGUAGUUUCACAAGAAUCCCUUCAUAAGGGAUACUUAAUUACAUAUAUCGACACCAGUAGGCGUACGUCUUCUUACUGGUUAAACGAUAUACGUGAUUUUGGCUGUACAGCAGAUCUCUAUGAACGCUUAUAUUACGUCUACAAAGUGUCCAGAGAAUUCGCAGAAAUGCAUGACAAUACGAUUGCUUGA